GUGACGGGGCGGCCCCUGUGCUUGGGGGCGGAGGCAGUGGUGCUGGGUUCCGGCCCAGGGCUGCUGGGGAAGGAAGGAGGUGACUACACCAGCAGACCCAGUGAGCCAGGAGUGACAGAUUUCUAGGGGCCAGAGGGUGCUGCAGCUGCUGGCCAGAGCCCUGGUGGUGCUGAUGACAGGAGUUCCCAUGUCCUCGCUGAGCCGGGCCCUGCGUGUGGCCGUGCGCCCUCACGGGAGCCCUGCCCACAGCCUGGGGCUACGUUCCCAGACCAGCACAGCCGGGCCCACGAGCGAGAAGAGUGUGCCCUACCAGCGCACCCUGAAGGAGACACAGGGCCCCUCAGAGGGGGCCCAGGGCCCCAGUCGGCCUCUGCCCAGCUCAGCCAGUGUGGUGGUCAUUGGCGGGGGCAGCCUGGGCUGCCAGACCCUGUACCACCUGGCCAAGUUGGGUGUGAGUGGGGCUGUGCUGCUGGAGCGGGACCGGCUGACCUCUGGGACUACCUGGCACACAGCAGGCCUGCUGUGGCAGCUGCGGCCAAGUGACGUGGAGGUGGAACUUCUGGCCCAUACAAGGCGCGUGGUGAGCCGAGACCUGGAGGGGGAGACUGGGCUGCACACAGGCUGGAUCCAGAAUGGGGGUCUGUUCAUUGCUUCCAACAAACAGCGUCUGGAUGAGUACAAGAGGCUCAUGUCGUUGGGGAAGGCCUAUGGCGUGGAGUCUCAUGUGCUGAGCCCUGCAGAGACCAAGAAACUCUACCCACUGAUGAAUGUGGAUGACCUCUAUGGGACCCUGUAUGUGCCGCACGAUGGGACCAUGGACCCUGCUGGCACCUGUACCACCCUUACAAGGGCCGCCACUGCACGAGGAGCCCAGGUCAUUGAGAACUGCCCAGUGACCGGCAUCCGUGUUCAGACUGAUGACUUUGGGGUGCGGCGGGUGGCAGCUGUGGAAACAGAACAUGGCUCCAUCCAGACGCCCUGUGUGGUUAACUGUGCAGGAGUGUGGGCUGCUGCUGUGGGCCGCAUGGCUGGAGUCAGAGUUCCUCUGGUGGCCAUGCACCAUGCCUACGUGGUCACAGAACGUAUUGAGGGCAUCCAGAACAUGCCCAACGUCCGUGACCAUGAUGCCUCAGUUUACCUCCGCCUCCAAGGGGAUGCCCUGUCUGUUGGUGGCUAUGAGAAUAACCCCAUCUUCUGGGAGGAGGUGUUGGACAAAUUUUCCUUUGGCCUCUUCGACCUGGACUGGGAUGUGUUCGCUCAACAUAUCGAGGGUGCCGUCAACCGGGUCCCGGUACUGGAGAAGACAGGCAUCAAGUCCACUGUGUGUGGCCCGGAGUCCUUCACACCCGACCACAAGCCCCUGCUGGGAGAGGCUCCUGAGCUCAGAGGGUUCUUCCUGGGCUGUGGCUUCAACAGUGCAGGAAUGAUGUUGGGUGGAGGCUGCGGGCAGGAGCUGGCCCACUGGAUCAUCCACGGACGCCCGGAGAAGGAUAUGUAUGGCUAUGAUAUCAGGCGCUUCCACCACUCGCUCACUGCCCAUAGCCGCUGGAUCCGUGAGCGCAGCCACGAGUCCUACGCCAAGAACUACUCUGUGGUCUUCCCCCAUGACGAGCCCCUGGCGGGGCGCAACAUGAGAAAGGACCCCCUGCAUGAGGAGCUCCUAGCCCGAGGCUGCGUGUUCCAGGAACGUCAUGGCUGGGAACGGCCUGGCUGGUUCAACCCCCAAGGAACGGCUCCGGUCUUGGAUUACGACUACUAUGGGGCGUAUGGGAACCAGACUCACCAGGACUCCACCUACAGCAAGCUGCUGGGGGCUGAGUACACCUUUGACUUCCCGCCCCACCACCACGUGAUCAAGCAGGAGUGUCUGACGUGCAGAGGUGCCGCCGCUGUGUUUGACAUGUCCUACUUCGGGAAGUUCUACCUGCUAGGCUCAGACGCCAGGAAGGCUGUGGACUGGCUCUUCUCUGCAGAUGUCAAUAGGCCCCCCGGCUCCACGGUGUACACCUGCAUGCUGAACCACCAAGGAGGCGUUGAAAGUGACCUGACCGUCAGCUGCCUGGCCCCCGGGCCCCAGGCCUCGCCACUGGCCCCUGCCUUUGAAGGGGAUGGCUACUACCUGGCUGUGGGGGGGGCCGUGGCUCAGCACAACUGGAGCCACAUCAGUACUGUGCUGCAGGACCGGGGCUUCCGCUGCCAGCUCAUGGACAGCUCCGAGGACCUGGGCAUGAUCAGCAUCCAGGGCCCAGCCAGCCGGGCCAUUCUCCAGGAAGUUCUGGAUGCAGACCUGAGCAAUGAGGCCUUCCCAUUCUCCACCCACAAGCUGGUGAAAGCCUCUGGGCAUCUGGUGCGGGCCAUGCGGCUGUCCUUCGUGGGGGAGCUGGGCUGGGAGCUGCACAUCCCACGGCUGUCCUGCCUGCCCGUGUACAGGGCUGUGAUGAACGCAGGGGCCAAGCAUGGCCUCGUCAAUGCCGGCUACAGGGCCAUUGACUCCCUGAGCAUUGAGAAAGGCUACCGGCACUGGCAUGCUGACCUGCGGUCUGACGACAGCCCCCUGGAGGCUGGCCUGGCCUUCACCUGCAAGCUCAAGGCCAGCACCCCCUUCCUGGGCCGCGAGGCACUGGAGAAGCAGCGGGCUGAGGGCCUCCGCCGUCGCCUGGUGUGCUUCACCGUGGAUGAGAAAGUGCCCAUGUUUGGCCUGGAGGCCAUCUGGAGAAAUGGCCAGGUGGUGGGCCACAUCCGUAGGGCUGACUUUGGCUUCACCAUCGACAAGACUAUUGCCUACGGCUACGUCCGGGACCCCAGUGGUGGGCCGGUCUCGCUUGACUUCGUGAAGAGUGGGGAGUACACCCUGGAGAGAAUGGGGGUGACCUACCCUGCCCAGGCUCACUUGAAGUCACCCUUUGAUCCUGACAACAAGCGGGUGAAGGGCCUAUACUGACAGAGCCUGCAGACAGGGCCCAGUCAUGGACAUACACAGCCUGGGGCCCCAGCCAGAGUGUGGAUCCCUUCCUGCUCUCCAUCCAGGCCCGCAAACCCCUGAACAUAGUGGAAAAAAUAUCCAGAGAUGCCUGACCAAAUGGAGGGCUCUCACCACCCCCCACUACCCAGAGCAGGCCGGUGACAUCUUGGGUUGAGGGGGCACAUGGUGUAGCCUCGAGAGAGGCACUGAGUAAAUGCUUGAGCCAGGCACUCAAGCAGAUGGCC